AGACAAAGCUAGUCAUACACAGUGGAAGCUGAAAAUCAAUGAAGGCGGUAGUGGUAACAGCCCCCGGCGGACCGGAGGUCCUCCAAGUACAAGAAGUAGAAGACCCACAAAUCAAAUCCGACGAGGUCCUCAUCAAAGUGGAGGCCACCGCCCUCAACCGAGCCGACACUUUCCAGAGGAAGGGACUUUACCCGCCUCCUCCGGGGUCCAGUCAGUACCUCGGCCUCGAAUGUUCUGGAACCAUCGAGGCCGUUGGAGAACACGUGUCACGCUGGAAAGUCGGGGAUCAGGUGUGUGCUUUACUUAGCGGAGGAGGGUAUGCCGAGAAGGUGGCUGUUCCGGAGGGGCAGGUUCUUCCUGUUCCGCCUGGUAUUUCUUUGAAGGAUGCUGCCAGCUUUCCGGAGGUGGCGUGCACCGUUUGGUCCACUAUCUUUAUGAUGAGCCGGCUAUCUUCGGGUGAAACACUCUUGGUUCAUGGGGGUUCGAGUGGAAUCGGCACGUUUGCAAUUCAGAUUGCUAAAUACCGGGGAGUGAGGGUAUUUGUCACAGCAGGUAGUGAGGAGAAGCUAGCGGCUUGUAAGGAGCUUGGGGCUGAUGUAGGUAUCAAUUACAAGACGGAGGAUUUUGUUGCACGUGUGAAGGAAGAGACCAGUGGCAAAGGUGUAGAUGUCAUCUUGGAUAGCAUUGGGCAAGCCUAUUUUAAACGUAACCUCGACAGCUUAGCUUUUGAUGGGAGGCUUUUUGUUAUUGGGACCUUGAGUGGCUCUGUCACAGAGCUAGAUCUUCGUGUGGUGCUUUCAAAGCGCCUCACCAUCCAAGCGGCUGGUUUACGCUACAGAAGUCCAGAAAACAAAGCGGUAAUUGUUAGAGAGGUGGAGGAGAAUGUGUGGCCUGCAAUUGUGGCUGGCAUGGUGAAAACUGUUGUCUACAAGCGUUUCCCAUUAUCUAAAGCCACUGAGGCUCACCAGCUAUUGGAAACUAGCCAGCAUAUUGGAAAGAUACUACUCUUCCCAUGAUGCUUCAGACAUCAUGCACCCAAGUUCCAUGUUAUGGGAAUAAAGCAAAGGUUAAUAUGAUUCUGUGUUUGCCAUGUUUAUGCUGUACUCUAAUUUUCUUCUACACAAACAUACAAUUUGUAGUCUCGUGCUUCAUGCUCUCCCUGGAAUACUUAUGAAACUGCUUCAUCUCAGUAAAUAACGAUACUGUAUACUAAUACUAAACAUUUGUGUUCUUGCCUUCUGUUGGAUUAAUGUUGCUUAUUUCUUCA